UCUAAAUAAGAUAAAUUUGAUACGGGCUUUAUAACAAGAAUUAUCUAUAUAUAAGUAUCGAUAUUUAAUUGCCGAGCAAGUAGCGAGUCUGUUCAGCUGCACUUUCCGAGGGUUUUUGUGUGCAAUUUUGCGAUUGAAGAGAUACGAGUGUGUAUUCAUCCGUUCUCGAAAGAGAGAGAAAAAAAUUGCGAUAUAUGUAUAUAUUGCAGAAAGUGCAAAUAAAAAAAACAACAAAGUUUUACCGAUUUUUAUAAGCGGCUGGUCAUUAGCGGGCGAGAUACUGAUUGGUAUCGCGCGCGUACAAAUGUUUCUGAAACGACCGAAUGUGAGGUUGAUUUAGAUCUGACGAAUUCGCACGUAACUCGAUGUAAUAACGUUUCCCCAAAAGUCUCGAUUUGUUGUUUCGUUUUGUGACGCUGCGAAUUACGAUCCUGGCGAUAGCAAUAGAAUUUCGAGUCUGAUCACAGCGGCAUGUUGCCGCCGUUGAGGAAUCAUCGGUCCCGGCGUUCGAGCUUCGAGACAUGUUCUUCGAAGUCGUAUCCGUGGCAGUGACCCACCCUAAUAAAAUUGCAUUUAUCCGCGCGGACUAAUCAAACGAUGGAGAAUCAGGACGACCGAGCGUUUAAAGCGAACGAAAAUGAGGAUCUGCAAACAAAAGUUAACAGACUGGAGUCUGAAAAUAUUAAGAUGCGGGAGGAGUUUAACAUGCAAAGAGCCAAGAUGAAAGAAUUGUUUCUUCAAAAAGAAGAAGAAUUAAAACGAAGAUUAGAGGAAAAUAUAGGCCUGCAAAAAGAAAAUUUGAGACUAAAAAAUGAACUAGACGAAGCUAAAAGCCAAUUAGUUGUUGCUGAUCUUAAAAUACAAAAUGAUAUAAUGGUAGAGAAAAGGAAAGCUCAAGAAGAAAUAGCAUCUUUACAACAGGUUAUACAUGAAACAGUGGAGGAAUCUUCUUGCUCGAGGAAACAACUCGUCAAUGAAGUGUCCAAGUUACAAUCAGCUCUUUCCAAGCUUCAAGAUGAAAAUACGCUACUCAAAACACAAUUACCACGUGAUCCACCAACAGAUGGACCACCAAUAUCUUUAUCUACAGUAACUAAAACAUUAGCUAGAAAAGUGGUUUCACAAUUAGGUGCAGAUUCUUUGUCUCUAGGUCCUGAUAAUUUAGAAGAAAGUAUGCGGAAGGUAAAAAAAUAUGCACAAGAAGAUGCAGAAGUUUUACGUUCAUUGGUUGUGCCACUUGAGGAAGAGAUAAAAGCUUUAAAAGAAAAGUUAAGAUCAACUGAUGAUGAAUUGCAGAAGUGUAAAGAAGCUUUAUUAAAGAGGCGACAGGAGCCUGGUUCUUUUGAGCCGUCAUGUGAUAUGUGUGCGAAUUAUGAAGCGCAAUUAGUCAAAGUGGAAGCUACUGCCAAGGAUUUGGAGAAGCAGUUAUUAGAUUCUCAGCGUAUGCUGCAAGCUCAAAAGGAAGAUUUAGCUAAGGAGGUUGAAUUUCGUAAGGAAAUGGAGGGAAAGUGGAAUGAGAAGAAAGAGGAGCAUAAAAUCAAAGUUGCUGAACUCACGGUUACCUCGCAAACAGCGCAACAAAAUUUACUAGAUUUAAAAAAAGCUUUUGAACAAAUUCAAAGAAAUGUGUCGGAAGAACUUUGUAAAUUAACACGAGGUAGAGAAGAAGUACAAAGACAUCUCACUGCAUUGCAAAAAGAAAAUGAAACUCUUGUUGGUAAACAUAGCAAGCAUUCGCAACAACUCCAAAGUGAAAGUAUCAAUAUGCCAAAUACCGUCGAAGAAUUGCAUAUUAGUCUUUUAAAGAUGCGUGAAGAUUUAAUUACAGCGAGAGUAGCACAAGAGGUUGCGCAAGAAAAAGAGGAAACAUUACGAUACGAAGUUACUUUGUUAAGAGAACAAAUGGAACAAGAGAACAGAGCUAUAGAACAAGAUAAUACUGCGUUAAAGAAUGAAAUAAGUGGAUUGAGAACACAAUUAGAUAAGUACGUAAGAGAUCAUCGUGCACUCGCUGACAAAGAGGAGAAACUUGAUCGGCUAGAAAAACAACUUCAGGAAAUCCAAAAAGAAAAGAAAGACGCAGAUUUAGCUAUAACUGAGUUGCGACAGCGGGUUACUAGUCUACAGCAGGAGUUAGACACUAGCGAGGCCGUACAAAAGGACUUCGUCAGAUUGUCACAAUCGUUGCAGGUACAAUUGGAAAGAAUUAGACAGGCAGGUAGCGAAGUAAGAUGGCAACAUGAAGAGGAUGUUGAUGAUUGUCCUAGUUGCCAUAUCACGUUUUCGGUCACAAAAAAGAAGGUGCAUUGCCGUCACUGUGGCCAUAUAUUUUGUCAAUCUUGCCUCUCGCACGUUGUGAAUAGCGGGCCGAAACAAAGACCAUCUAGAGUCUGUGAUGUUUGUCAUACUUUAUUAGUGCAAGAUACCGCACCGUAUUUCAGCCAAGAACCUCCACAUACACCUGAUUAAAUGUUCCGAACUGAAUUCUAAUGCAGUUUAGUGAGAGUUGUGAAAUAUCAAUUUG